GCGGCGGCUGGUUCGUUCUCAAGCCUUGACAACGCGUAACGCUUACGCAAUGACCUAGAAGAAGUAGUUUAGAGGCGGACCCAAGAGUUUGGCACGCGAGUACUAUGGGACCGAUCGUGGAGAUUCGGGAAAAGUCCAGGUCGUCGCUGCCGGGCUUGUGGAAGUACCCGUCCCUCCGCGAUGGGCCUCUCCACACGGGCGGCAUGUGGCUGCAGGGCCGGCGGGAGGAUGAUGGCGCCGAGGGCCUGUGGCGCGUCCACGACCGCCUCUACGAUCUGUCCGGCUGGGAAAAGUCCCACCCUGGUGGCGCGGACUGGAUCACUCUCACCAAGGGAACGGACAUCACCGAGGCUUUCGAAGUACACCACAUCCGCAACGUCGCGGACGCCAUGUUGAAGCAGUUCUACGUCAGGGAUGCGAGGACACGACGAAACUCACCGUACACUUUUAAGGAGAACGGUUUUUAUCGCACGCUCAAGGCUCGAGCACGUGAAGCAUUAGCGAAUGAAAAAUACGUCGGAUCAACAGGUACCAUGUACUCUAAGAUAUUGGCCGACUCGCUGGUGACGUCAAUGCUGGCGCUGAGCGUCGUGGCCGCCUGGACACACAGUUUCGCCGUGGCCAUGUUGGCGGGCCUGCUGCUCGCCUUCACCGCCAUCUGCGCCCACAACUUCACGCAUCUCAAGGACAACCUGCGGAUGUACUACUUCGACUUCUCGAUGAUGUCAUCCAGAGAUUGGCGUAUCAGUCACGUACUGAGCCAUCAUUUGUACACCAACACUCUUCUAGAUCUCGAGGUAUCCAUGUUUGAACCAUGGUUCAAAUUCUUACCAUUUGAAGAGAAGAACUUUUUUACUCGUUAUGUCAGUUGGAUUUAUUCUCCUAUCGUGGGGGCGAUUAGUUUCCAUGUUUGCUGUAUAUCCAGGGUGGUUGACAGAUUUAGAGGCAGCAAACUUGAAAUGAGGAAAUCAGACCUUAUCCCACUGAUAAUACCUGCGUCAAUGGUUUUCAUUGCUGGGGCAUCAUUGCUGGAAGCGCUUUACAUGUGGACGUAUAUUACAGUUUGUGGAAGUCUGUUUUUCGUUUUUAUCGGACUUACUGCAGCUCAUCACCAUCCAUUGAUCUUCCAUGAUGGAGAUACUCCACGGGCUGACCUGGAUUGGGGUAUUCAGCAGCUGGAUGCUGUAAGAGACCGGCCUGUGAUAUCCAGCUCGGAUAUUCUAGCGCUUACGUUCUUCGGACAUCACGGCUUACAUCACCUGUUUCCUACAGUUGACCACAGGAUCCUGCACAAGCUGUACCCUGCGUUCCAGAAGACGUGUGCCGAGUUUGGCAUCGAAUACAAUGAUAUCAGCUUCAGUGAACUGGUCCGAGGCGCAUAUUUACAGGUCGCGAGAACAAAGCCCAACACAGUUCCUCCUGGUUCAGGAAGGCACUAAUACCACCGAAAUCCUAAGAUGUUGUCUAAGUAAAGCCCUAGAGCGCCUUUAUUACCUGGGGUAACACUGUGUUGUUUUUGUAGCUGUAACUGUCGAAGAAAAAAUGGAGGGUGUUAGUAUGAUAAUUUAGUCGACGACACGAUACAGCAUUUUCUCUUCUCCUUAUUACUGUAAAAUGUAUCCUGGUUUGAAAGAGAAAUGAAAAAAAUGUAUAUUUGCUAAAAGCAUUGCGUGAGACUGAAAUAUGUAAUGAUAAUGUGAUUCAAAUAUCAAGUCGUUUGUUAAAACUGCAUAUAUGUUUUACAACCAACAUAAAAAUGUUAAGUGCUGUCAACUAGAGCACUAGCUAUAUCAAAUCGAGUGCUGGUAAAGUAACGUUCUCGAGCAUCUCUUAAAAAAUGGAAAUCCAUAUUGGUACACCUAAUCUUAUAGGCAGUUGGCCAUCCUACUUUUAGUUGCAGUUCAUCAGUAUCAAUUGCAUGGGGGCUUAUUUAUAUAUUAUGAAUGCAAAUUCUUUUUAAAUUUUUUAGUCGCUGUAUGUCCGAUUACGCUGUUUCGUAAACGGUUGGCCCUGACUAGUUUUUGUACGCAAUCUGA